GGAUCCCUCAUUGCGAUACCUAGGAUGUUGUGGCAGAACAUCCAUCACUUUGGCCAGAAGUUGGUGCGCCGGCGACCCCUGGCAAAAAAUCAACAGUCUGAGUCUCCCUUGUCGCGAUGUCUGAGCACUUUGGACCUGGUGUUCUUGGGCGUGGGCAGCACCCUGGGAGCAGGCGUGUAUGUCCUGGCAGGAGAGGUCGCCAGGGAAAAAGCUGGACCAUCCAUCAUCAUUUGCUUCUUAGUGGCUGCUCUGUCUUCUGUGCUGUCUGGACUCUGUUAUGCGGAGUUUGGAGCCAGGGUACCGUGUUCCGGUUCUGCAUAUCUCUACAGCUAUGUCACAGUGGGCCAGCUGUUGGCUUUCAUCACUGGCUGGAACCUCAUCCUCUCCUACAUCAUUGGUGCAGCCAGCGUAGCCCGGGCCUGGAGUGCAGCUUUUGACGGCCUCAUAGGAAACCGCAUCUCCCAAGCCCUGCAGACCACCUUCCCCCUGCAGGUGCCCAGCUUCUUGGCCCAGUAUCCAGAUUUUUUUGCGCUUGGCCUGGUGAUUAUCCUCAGUGGAAUCCUGGCCCUAGGAGCACGAGAGUCUGCCCUGGUCACCAGAGUUUUCACAGGAGUGAAUCUUCUGGUGUUGUGCUUUGUCUCCCUCUCUGGCUUCUUUAAGGGCAAUCUACACAACUGGCAGCUGACAGAGGAUGACUACAAGCUGGCCGUGGCAGAGUCCAACAGUACUGACAGCUUGGGUCCUCUGGGCUCCGGAGGAUUCGUGCCUUUUGGUUUGAGUGGGAUUCUCCGCGGUGCAGCAACAUGUUUCUUCGCUUUCAUUGGAUUUGACUGUCUUGCAACUACAGGGGAAGAAGUCCGUUCUCCCCAGCGCUCCAUCCCACUGGGCAUCGUUAUCUCCCUCUUCAUUUGCUUCCUGAUGUAUUUUGGUGUUUCCUCUGCGCUUACCCUCAUGGUGCCCUACUACCAGAUUGACAUUGACAGUCCCCUGCCUAAGGCGUUUAUUCACACUGGAUGGGGCCCUGCCCAAUACGCAGUGGCUGUGGGAACAUUAUGCGCCCUUUCAUCCAGCCUCCUAGGUGCCAUCUUCCCCGUGCCUCGGGUGGUCUAUUCCAUGGCAGAGGAUGGGCUUCUGUUCCGGAGACUUGCCCGUGUACAUCCCCGAACACACACCCCUGUCCUGGCCACUAUCCUUUGUGGAACCAUUGCAGCACUUAUGGCUUUCCUUGUUGAGCUCAGUGACCUGGUGGACCUCACAUCCAUAGGGACCCUGCUCGCCUACUCCUUGGUGGCCUUCUCUGUUCUGGUCCUCAGGUACCAGCCAGACCAGAACUUAAGCUCCUGUAAGAAGGAGGAAUCCGAGAAUGGAGCUGUCGAGAUGGAGCCUGCUCUUGAGCUAUGUUCAUCCAUGGAUCCCAUUUCUGCAGCAGGGACUCCAGGAAUUGCAAGGAGCCUCUGUAUCCCCUCAGAUACCACCCCGACUCUGAGAUCUGGCCGUAUUGUCUAUGGGUGUGCCUCCCUGCUUGUCCUCCUUCUGUUGUUCCUGUGCUUGGUCCUGGCCCAAUGGUAUGAACAGCUAUUCUCUGGAGACCCGGUUUUGAUAGCUGUGGCUGCCUCCCUGCUGCUACUCAUUGUCGGGAUGGUUGUUGUCAUCUGGAGGCAGCCACAGAGCAGCACUCCUCUCUACUUCAAGGUACCAGCUGUGCCCCUGCUCCCUGUGUUGAGUAUCUUUGUGAAUGUGUACCUGAUGAUGCAAAUGACUGCCGGGACCUGGGCUCGAUUUGGAAUCUGGAUGAUGAUUGGAUUUGCUAUCUAUUUUGGAUACGGGAUCCGGCACAGCUUGGAAGAGAAGGAUGACCAACAUCCAAAAGCAACAGCCUCAAGCUCCCAAACUGUCCAGGAACAAACUUCCAGUGUUGAAUUAGCUUAGGUGCAGAAAGACCCUAUGGGUGUCUGUGUGUAGGGGGAAGGCAGCCCUGGUCAUUGAACUUAGAGCCUUGUAUAUCGGAGGCAAGUCCUGUAGGUGUCCUCAGGUUAAGGAAAAGCUUGAAUAUUUGUAGGCUGUAGAUGGGACUUAUUUUUUAAAGUGUUAUUAUUUGUGAGCAAAUUCCUUAAAUUUUUUUCUUUUGCACUAAAAUGGGACCCAUGGUUUUGCAUAUG